AUGGAAAAACAUAGAGGGGGCUCCAGUCUUGUGGAAGGCAAGAUUUUGUUGGUCCUGCCGAUUCUGUUUCUGGUGCUAGUCCUGUUGCCUUCGAUGCUUAGAGUGUCGCUGGGGAUUUCUCAUAUCUAUGUGAAAAUUGUAAUAAAAACGUUCGAGUGGGCCACCCUGCAGAUUGAGAAGGGAGUGAAAAAGCAGAAGGCGCUGGCACUUGAAAACUUAAUCUCCAACGGAAUAAUCCAGAGGGAGGAAACCUCCAUGGAAGAGGAGAUGGCCGGCCAGCGGCAAGGAUGCUUCAGCCUGGCUGAUGUUUUGUAUUUCUCCAAGAAGGGCUUGGAGGCUGUUGCAGAUGAUGAAGUCACGCGGCGCUUCUCCUCCGAGGAGCUGGUCUCCUGGAACCUCCUUAGCAGAACUAAUGUCAACUUCCACCAGGUCAGCUGGCAACUGACCUUCGUGUGGAUCAGUGGGAUCCUAAUCCGGUACUGUCUCCUGUUGCCUCUUCGCAUCGGCUUGUCUUCUUUUAGUAUCCUCUUCCUGGUUUCAGCAACCACACUUGUAGGACAGUUUCCAAAUGGCAGGGUUAAAUGCUGGCUGAGCAACCAGGUGCAGAUGACGUGUGCUGCGUUAGGGGUGCGAUGCCUGAGCGGGGCCGUUCAUUUCCACAACAGGGAAAACAGACCGCAGAAAGGAGGCAUCUGCGUAGCCAACCACACGUCUCCAUUAGAUGUCCUAAUCCUGGCUAGCGAUGGAUGCUAUUCUUUGGUUGGCCAGGUACACGGAGGGCUUCUGGGACUUAUUCAGAAAUCUUGCAUGAAAACCGCUCAGCAUGUUUUGUUUGAACGUUCAGAAAUGAAAGACCGUCACCUGGUGAGAAAAAAAAUUAGAGAGCACAUUGCAGAUAAGACCAAAUUGCCCAUUUUAAUUUUUCCAGAAGGUACCUGCAUAAAUAACACCUCAGUCAUGAUGUUUAAGAAGGGAAGCUUUGAGGUGGGAGGGACUAUCCAUCCAGUAGCAAUCAAGUAUGACCCUCGCUUUGGAGAUCCGUUCUGGAACAGCAUGAAAUACUCCACGAUGACUUAUGCUUUUAAACUGCUGACCAGUUGGGCUAUUGUCUGCAAUGUGUGGUACCUGCCACCAAUGGUCAAAGAGGAAGAAGAAGAUGCRGUUCACUUUGCUGACAGAGUCAAGGCUGUCAUUGCUGCUCAGGGAGGGAUGUCUGUACUUCCUUGGGAUGGAGGACUGAAAAGGAAAAAGGUCAAAGAGUCUUUCAAGGAGGAGCAACAGAAAAAGUAUUGUCGGAUAGUAGUAGAAAAUGGAGCAGUGGGAAAUGGAAAUGUGCAUUGAAUGGCGUUUAUUUUACCUCAUUUUUUCCCCUCAGGUUUUAUCCAGAAACAGAGCGAUAUUUUCUAGUAAACCUCCUGUCUUUAUGAGGUGCCCCUGUAAGAUAGGUUGCAUACAACAUGGCAGAGAAGCCAUAAGCAGUGUUGUGUUUUAAGUAAUAAUGUAUGUUUAUAAAUAGGAAGAUUUAUAAUGUAUUUUUUUAUUUCUCUCCAAUGUUGAGAACUCUCUGCAAUAAAAUUAGUAGGUGUGACUAGAACACCAAUUCUCUGAUCUUUUGAGGUAACGUUGAAAACUGAGAUGUUAACUUCUUAGCUCUUCAUAAAACAUCUCCAUUCUCCCAGCCUAUAGUAACAAUUUGUUUUAGCAGUUUUCCUGUGAGCCAGAGGCACUGGGGUACAUUAGAGAUAAACCCUGCUGAUGUCAGAAGCCAUUGAGGAGUUCACUGAAAUACAUUUUUGGAGUUGGAAGUUGGAGAUGAAGCUUUGGCGGUCUCAGGAAAAGGAGCAAUUGCAGACCUUGCUCGUCACGUUACAAGAUGAGGAGCUGCAAGGU